CGGGACGAAAGCAUCUCCAGCAGCUAUUGGGUGGGCGAUAUCAGCGCCAACGCUCGACUCUGCAAUGCUGUGCUCAUGUUCUACAAGGAAAUACUUCGCCAUAUAUCCAAGGAAGUUGACAUAAAAAAACCUGUUCGCAUGAGUCUUGAGCGCACGUAUUCGCUCAUGGUUCUGUGGUCAGACGCAUGGGGCGUUACAGAUGGUUCUCUGGACGAGAUCUUUGCCAAGUCACGAAAAGUUCGGCGAUCUUCUCUUAAGAUCUUGUUGAGCAUCGCGAACGCAUUGUUGGAAAGACUCACACCUCUUGUUGUCAAAGACAAAGUGGAAAGGCUGGAUAUGGUGGAGCCACGUCUCACCGCCAUGACUGCAGAAGCGUCCUAUCUGAUCCAUGAUGCCACUGACACAAGUUCCGACUCUUCGAGCGAUGGAUCUUCGGACUUUGGGCUAGAUACUAUUGACGAAAUUGUCGAGGAUUUACGAACAGAUGUGCAAUGUCUAACGGAGCUAAACCCUCUCAUAAGAAACCCUGUCUUUGAUCGCUCAUCACAGAAGCAGAAAGAGCCUGAGGUGGCUGAUUGGACCCCUCAAAAAGCGUUCUGUGACAAGAUUGAGCAACGGUUCCCUCGAGCUGAUCAUUCACUAGUCCUGGGACUGGGAUACGCAAAUUGGUGGAGAUUCCAGACUUGCCAAGAACAGCGACUCAAAAAUGAGCAUGCCGAGCAGGCCGAGCAGCAGCAACUUGGUACGGCCAAGGAGGAUCAUGAAACGGUCGCUGACUCAAAAUUCCACGAUUCAGGCCUGGGCACAUCUUUGCCAACAGAGAGCUCUUAUGCCGAGACGAUAAUGACCUACAGUGGCUCUAAUGGUCAAAAGACACGUAUUCCGCCACUCACCGAUGAGGCGAAGCGAGGGGAGGCUUUUCCCUGUGUCGCCUGUGGCAAAGUUGUUCGAAUAACGAAUAACUCGGCAUGGAAGCGCCAUCUGUACUCGGAUCUCCAGCCGUACCUGUGUCUUGAGACUAAAUGUGGAAUGCUCGCUUUCCACAACCGCAAUGAAUGGUCAACACAUCUUGCCCUUGAGCACUAUGAGCCCGACUGGGAACCUGAAACAUGUCCGUUAUGCUUCGAAACCACCGGACAAGGGCAAAUAGCAAUCACACGUCAUUUGGCCGGCCAUCUUGAAGAGAUUUCUUUAUCAGCUCUGCCAAUUAAUGCGGACGAGGACGGCGAGGAGGCCAGCUCAGAAGCAAGUCUUCAAAGUUUACAAGACCACGACUCUGACGCCGACUCCGACCCAGAGAUCCAUAGCACAACGCUGACCCGGAAAACCAGCGCCUGUGACAGAUGUUGCGGGCUCAAAAUACGAUGCACUACGGACUUAUCACAACCCGAUGGGGAGUGUACGCCAUGCAAAAGUAGUGGGAGCACAUGUGUCAGGAGGCUAAAAGAACUUGACAAUGAAUCUUCUACAAUCAAAUGCAUUUGUGGAAACCCAGAACCUGACGAUAACACUAUUUACUGUCCCUCGUGUGCAACUUGGCAGCAUAUCGACUGCUACUACAACGACUACCCCGAGCAGGCACUGAGGGAAAGCUUUGAACACCUUUGUAAGGACUGCAAUCCACGACCACUGGAUAUCUCUGGAGCACGGAGAAUGCAAGAGUUAAAGACUGCUACCAAAACAGAUGAUAAGACAAAACCACCAAAAGUGGAUAUCAAGUCAAGCUCUGAACCUUGGGAAAAAUCGCGAAGUCAAAGACGGAAGGGGGGCAGGGCUCCUACCGGUACUUGGAUCUGGGACUGUUGCAAUUGUGGGCAAGCAGGCAUCAGAGUCAGUGUUGAUCCUUGCUCACGCUGCAGCCAACCUCGCUGUAACUUCUGCUCUACUAAACGAUUGAGAGUCCGUUAGCGGUGGAAACGGUCAAUAGUCAACACUCGAUUCAUCUGCUAUUCCUGGAGAGGGUGCAAAGAACAGCGUCGCACAGGCGUCUUGCUAGGUCGGCCUGAAGCCGCACUAGACUUUGUAUAUAUGGUCGGAUUGAUCUGAGGCUUAUGUCUCCUAACAGGAAAGCAUCUAAUCGGAUGCUCUGUCGGAGUCGGUCGCAGAAAAG